AUGGCGGGUCCACUUAUUUGGGGAGCCAGUGGUCUUUUGAUCUACCUUACCGCCAAAAGCAUCUACCGACUAUAUUUCCACCCCCUUAGGAAGAUUCCGGGACCAAGACUAGCAGCUAUUAGCAGCUAUUAUGAAUUCUACUUCAAUGUCAUCCACAGAGGAACAUUCAUAUGGCAUCUCGAGGGAUUACAUCAAGCCUACGGGCCCAUUGUUCGUGUCAGCCCGCGCGAGGUACACAUUAAGGAUCCCAACUACUAUGACGAGAUUUAUGCUUCCAGUGGCCGAAGGCGAGAGAAAGAUCCAGCUGUAGUCGGCCGGUUUGAUAUCCCCGGUUCCUCCUUUUCUAGCAUCACACCCGAGACCCAUCGGCAACGCCGAGCGCCGGUGGAGAGAUUCUUUUCAAAGGCAGCAAUAACAAAGUCCGAGAGUACAAUUCAGUACUGCUUGGAUAAACUGGUCCAACAUAUUGAGCGUGCUUAUCAUUCUCACAAGGUGAUUAGUCUUGAUGCGGGCUUCUCUGCGAUGACAUCAGACAUCAUCCACCAAUAUGGUCAUACAAACCAUCAUGAACGCACUCCCCCCUCCGUGGUGAAACGUAUCAACCCGUACGCACUCGCUCUGAAGGAUCAAAAGGAUGAUAUCCGGAGACGGGUCCAGGAAGUUCUUUCUGGCCAGAAAAGUGAAAGUGGCUCUAUAAUUGAAAAGCUCUCUAGUCUCGAUAUGCCGGGGCAUGUUCGGGAUCUUGACCACCUCACUGAUGAAGGAUUUGCACUGGUAAUUGGAGGCACCGAGAGAACUGCCAGGUCUCUUUCAUAUGGCUUCUACCACCUCCUUAGUGAGCCACAUGUGCAAACGAAAUUACGCCAAGAACUGCGGUCAUUGAUGCCGAUGCCCGACUCGAAGCCUACGUGGAAUGAGCUCGAGCAGUUACCGUAUUUGACUGGAGUUGUUUUAGAGACUCUCCGUCUCUCGACAGGAAUCGCUAGUCGAUCCCCCCGCAAUGCGCCUACAGAAACUUUAGUGUACAAUGACUAUACAAUCCCACCCAAUACUCUUAUUAGUCAAACGAACUAUUUUGUCCUUGUAGACCCAAACAUAUUCCCCGAUCCGCAUGCCUUCGACCCCGAAAGAUGGACCCGAGCUGCCGCCAAGGGUGAGCGAUUAGAUCGGUACCUGGUUAAUUUCUCCAAAGGCAGUCGUAAUUGCCUGGGCAUGAACCUUGCCUACGCAGAAUUGUAUCUUGCUAUCGCGAUCCUUAUUCGCCGAUUCGACCUCGAGUUGUUCGAGACGACGAAGAAGAAUAUUGAGUUCGCACGCGACUUUGGGACUCCAUUCCCUGAUGAAGGAAACUAUAGCAUUCGGGUUUUGGUGAAAGGAAUUGUUGAGGAUGCGGGUAAGGAAGAGGCGUGCCGGUCGGUUAGCGGACACGGCCGCCUGAAUAUCAGUUCAGCAUAUUCUUGGUCCGUUCAAUUAGCCAGUGGAGCUUUUAAGGCGCCCACCCGACGACAAUUAUUCGCGUCAGUGACAUUUCACGAUUUCUGGGAAGAUACUCGAACCUCACACUUGACACUUCUUGCCCCUUCACAUCCCACUCUACCGACUUCGAUCAACUCGACCAACUCCAUCUACUCCAUCUACUCCAUCAAGAUGCCUUCCGACGCGCACGUCAAGGCAGCUCUGGCUCUCAUCAAGAGCGAUACUUCCAAGCUGCUGGGCCUGACCGUGGGUGAUCACAAGAAUGUCCAGCCGGGCCAGUUCAUUCCUCGCGCUGACGCUCAGUCCCCUCCCGAGCUCUCGUUCGCCGGCCUUGACUCGAGCAAGACCUACCUUGCCGUGGGCCUCGAUAUCGACGCGCCGUUUCCAUCAUUUGGGGUCCUCGGACCUAUUCUGCACUGGAUUCAGCCUGGUAUGAAGGUCACUGAGUCUGGCACUCUCACCACCACCGUUCCCUUCGUCGCCAACUACAUCGGCCCCGCACCGCCCCCAGGUAGCUCGCCCCACCGCUACAUCUUCUUCCUCUAUGAAGAACCAGCUGGCUUUGAUGCAAAGGCACAUGCUCCUCCUAACGGCCAGAAAAUGGGUAACUGGAACCGCACACGCUACGACUUUGAUGCCUUUGCCAAAAGGAUCAACCUCGGCUCCAUUGUGGCUUCCAAUUAUUUCACCAGCAACUAG